UGUCGUUCCACCUGCUUGACUGCUCGUGCACGCCUUCGCUCGCGCUCACCUGAGAUCCGGCGUCAGUCCUGAGAAACAUCAUGACGCGACACUUUUACUUCUUUAUUCUCGUUAUCACAAACUUCGCAGUUUCUUCAGUCCAGAGCACAGACCAGGCUUCAUAUGCGAAGAAGUAUGAUGUGGUCAAACCUCAGCUUCUUCAUGAGCGCUGGAAGAGGCACGCAGACCCUCCACACACACCUGCACAGGAUAGACACGCUGAUAGCAUUUCAUACUCGGUCAGGAUUGACGGUCGUGAACGUAUACUGCGCCUGACAAAGAACACGCGCUUUUUAUCGAAAGACUUUGUGGUCUUGUCUCACGAUGUACGGGAGGAAAAGAAAGUUUGUGCAGAAAAACUGGAACUAUGUUAUUAUCAAGGACACGUGGAGGGUUAUGAAGACUCCCUCGUAGCUCUUAGCACAUGUGAAGGUCUCAGGGGAAUCAUUUUUAUUGGCAACGAUAGCUAUGGGCUGGAACCCAUCAUGCACUCCAAAGCCAACGAACACAUCCUCUUCCUGUUGAAGGACAGUCAGUCAGAGCCAUUUGUAUGUGGACUGGCCAAUGAAACGUCUUCCAGGGAGGACCACUCUCAUUACGAUGACAUGUCCAAGUUUAUACGGAAAAAACGAAACUUGCCUCAGACCAAAUAUGUGGAGUUGGUGUUAGUAGUGGACAACCAAAGGUUUGUCUUCAAGAACAGUAAUAAAACUGCAGUGCUUAACGAGGUGGUCCAGUUGGCUAACUUGCUGGAUACGUAUUACAAACAGCUGAAUAUCCGGAUAGCACUGAUCGGACUGAGGAUUUUUGAAAAGGAGAAUCCCUUCAGUGUAGAUGGCAAUCCUGGGGAUGUGUUGGGCAGGUUUGUGCAGUGGAGAAAGACAGAUCUGCUACCUCAGCUUAGGCAUGACGUGGGACAACUUAUUGUUGGCCGUUCAGGAGCGUACACCGGAGGUGUGCUCGGCAUGGCCUUCGUAGGGACAGUGUGCUCUGCUAACAGCGGCGGAGGAAUCAAUGUGUUUAGCAACAACAAUCUGCAGGCGUUCUCUACGGUGAUUGCCCACGAGCUGGGCCAUAACCUGGGCAUGAGUCAUGACAUCACUGGCUGUAACUGUGGGAACUGCAUCAUGGCACCCACUGCCGGAGGGGCGACUACAUUCAGUGACUGCAGUGAGAAAGACUUUGAGAGCUUGAUUCAGAGAGGUGGAGGGGCAUGUUUGAGGAACUCACCAUCUCAAAACAACAUCAUCACGGUGCCCAGGUGUGGGAAUGGCAUUCUAGAGAAUGGAGAGGAGUGUGACUGUGGCACACCACAGGAGUGCAAUAAUAAGUGUUGUGAUGCCGCUACAUGCACCCUCACCAAAGGCUCGGCCUGUGCCACAGGAAGCUGCUGUGAAAACUGUCAGAUCAAUGUGGCCGGCACACCCUGCAGACAGUCUGUUGACCAGUGUGAUCUGCCGGAGUACUGCAUUGGAACAUCCCCAUUCUGUCCGGCAGAUUUCUACAUGAUGGACGGCCUCCCGUGCGCAAAUAAUGCAGCCUACUGCUUUGAGGGCCGUUGCCAGACGUUUGACUACCAGUGCAAACAGCUUUUUGGCUCAGAGGCGAUGAAAGCAGACGAUAAGUGCUUUAAUUAUGUUAAUACUCUUGGCAAUACGUUUGGGAACUGUGGAUACUCUGGGUCUUUUCCGAAACCUUGUGAAGUACAAAAUGCUAUGUGUGGAAAAGUCCAGUGUGUAUUCAACAGCAACCGCCCACCGGCAGGAGCGACGGUGAGCGUAGUAAACAUAGAGGGGAACACAAUCACCUGCAUGAACGCUGACUUCAGCAUGGGCCCGGACGUGCCAGAUCCAGCCUAUGUCAAGACUGGCUCGGCAUGCGCUCCUGGAAAGGCGUGUUUGGACUUUACCUGUUUGAAUUCAUCGGUUCUGGAUCAGAGUCAGAAAUGUGACUCCCGGAGAAACUGCAGCAGUAAUGGAGUAUGUAAUGAUCAGUUUCAGUGUCAUUGUAAUAAUGGCUGGGCUCCACCUAACUGUGACAGAGCCGGCAGAGGAGGAAGUGUCAACAGCGGCCCUGCACAGAUCGAUUACUCCCUGAGAAAUGGACUCUUGAUCUUCUUUCUUCUGGUGGUGCCAGUUUUGGUGGUCUUAAUAAUCAUUUUUCUCUACGUCUUCAAAAGAGACAGUCUCAGCCGUUGUAGAAAGAGCCGUCCUUCCAAAAGCCAAAGGUCAACUGCAACAAAUGGUCCAUCAAAUGGUCCAUCAACUGGGCAAACAAACAGCAAUACAAGAUCGUCCACCCCACAGUCAAGGACAGAGCCACCUAAACCAGCAAAUAUAGUGGAUACCUCAGUAACACAACCAAGACAAGGGCCAGGAGUCCCCAGACCAAUCCCACCAAGACAGACCCAAGUACCAGUAUGAAGAAGGCUCGAUGUUGCAGAGUUGUUGCUUUUUGUAUUGUAUUCUUACUUGACCCACUUUUCCAAAGAAUUCUUCAGCAAACCUGCUCUGAAUUGUCAUCACCUUUUCUAGAAUUUAAAACAAGAUGAAGGACUUGUGCUGUUCUGAAUUGGUCUGUAAAAAGUGUAUGUUGAUUAUAAUUAUUUAAAACAAUGUUUACGGAAAUGUAUCUCUGACAGUAUGACCUCUGAAAACACAUGAUUGUUGUUCAUAUUUAUUACCUUUUGGGGGAAGAAUGUAUUUACCUGGAUUAAGAUGCACUGUAAUCCUGAGUUGAGUUCAGUGCUUCAUCCAGUACAGCAAACUAGAAAUUUGUUAAAGAUUUUGCCUAUUUGGUCAUUUUCUGAAUCCACGUUUACUGCCUUUUUUAAAAGAAUGAUGUUCUGUUAGUUAGCUCUUUUAAUACAGUUGUAAAAUUUGUAAUUUUACCCACAAAAUCUCUAUUUUAUAUGCACCAUGAAUGUCAAAAUGAAAAUAAUAAAGUAUGUUCUAUAUUAAACUGUUAAACUAUC